GGUCACAUCCAAACACUUAUUUGUUGUAAGGACUCCAGAAUAGACUUGAUCGAUAUCUGCCAAUGUUGUAACGCUUUCCAUAUACCAUCCGAGGAGUGCGGGAACAUACUGAUUAAGAUGAGUGAGCGUGAGUCCCUGUCAGACUACAUGGUGCCCACGUUGUCGAAGGUCCCGAUAUAUCUAGAAACAAUACAGGAAAUCGACACCGAAAGUUCGACGAUAGUGACGCAGACCCUGGCUGUCGAUGGCUUUGAUGGUACUCGGGAAAAAGAUGACCAAACCUAUGGUCUUGUUCGACUCCCGACGUCAGGGAGGAAUAUUUCAUCGAGACAACUCCCACCAGGAAUUCCCAUGUGUAAGAUAAAACUUACUUCUGAAUUUGACUUCUGGGCGGAACAUCGUGUUAAUAUUAUGGUAGCUCCGCUACAUCAAUUUGCGGCCUCUCCUUUCAAUUCGAUACCGCUAUCUCCAACGUUUUCUGACUCCUCAGGCCAGUCUCUUCUGUUCGGCAUAUCGAAGAUAUCAGUAUUGUCGAAUCCUCCGCAUGAAGACGGAGACGAUUACCGUCUUGAAAAGUCAGACUUCAUACGCAAGGAGUUGAGGAAGCCGGUAUUUCCAAUCAAUGAAAUACACACGCUGGAAAGUCUGAUCGAUGACUUGCUCGAUGAAGGGCCAUCUCUAGAAUUUGAGAUUAUCACUUAUGCCCGGCUGGAUAAGAUAGUAGAGGAGAUCUUGCAACACGUAAGGAACAAUUUUCUCAGUCAAGGGCCUUCAUUUAGACGGAUUAUGAGAAAAGCACAAAAGCUUCGCGAACAAUGGAUUGGAACCUUCGGAGACAGAUUCAAUACCAUGGACGACGAGCGAUUGAAGUUCAUGAAGGAAUCUGGCUGUCUUCGGGAUAUAGAGCUACAGCCCACUUCUGAGUUAUCCAAAUUAGAUGGUCCUACGUGGAAAAUAAAAAGGGCCGCGACAUUCUCAGAGAAAGAAGCCAACGAGAAUUUCGAGCCAGGAGCAUGGUUUCUCAACACGCAUUGUGGGGUCCGUGACGGCAUUGUGCCCGACGCAAAGGAUGGGUUUACUUGGGGAGUGAAUGGUAAACCAGUGGCAUUUUCUAUGCUCUCUGGGUUUGAAAUUAAAGGUUCUGGGAAGAGACAAUGGGUACAUAUCAUCGAAUCGAGAGUCUACGCAUACCACGCUCGCCGGCUCACGUGUGUAGGGAAUGUGAUCAGACUUUUGCGGGGCUACAAAUUGAAAAGUGAAAGGGCACCCAGACUUGGGGUUCGAUUUGAUGGCCUCUACAAGAUCGAAAGUUGGGGCCAAGUCCUCUUGAAGCUGUCAGCGGGACCUAACAUCUAUCGUAACACUAUAACCCUAGUUGAACUCUCAGAACAAAAUACAAUGGAAGACCUGGAUGCAAUUCCAACCCCGUCGCAGAUGGACAACUUCAUCAUUUACAACAAGAUGAUUGAGAAUGAUAUCAAGGCACGUGAAGGUGAAGCUGCUUACAAAGAAUACAAGUCUUCGGAAGGUAAAAAGGAAGCGGCUCGAAAGGCUUUCGUAUCGAAAUUGAAGUCUUACGACCAGCCUGCAUAUAAAUUGCUAGAUUGCACGACUCACAGGCUUGAGAAUGCAUUUCCGCUUCCACUAUCAUUCGAACCAUAACGAACCACGCCAUAUCAAGUAUGCUUCGUCUGAAGAUGCACACAAUGUGUAAAACUGAAACGACAUUGUGAUUGGCAUGGUGGGAGUGGAUGUUGGAGGAGGGUGGGAGAAAGAGCGAGCCCCCGCUACAAUGAUAACGAAAUAUGAUACAUAACAUAAUAUAACAUAACGAAUUGACGAAUCA